AUGCCGCCGGGAUUGGCUCACUCUUUUAGUCGAAAAAUUCAUAUUGACGUUUCGCUCACUAAAGUAGGAUACUCAAAUUGGCAAUGUUUGGUAUCAUGUUCUGUGCUACCGGAGAUUGGAAGCAUGCUUGUUGAAAAGGCAGACCUUGCUCAGCUUGCCAAAAGGGGUCUGAUCAAGAUCAGAAAUUUAUUUCAUGCCUGGCGCGAUUCUCGUUGCAUUUUUGAAGGUCUGCGCUUGCUGAGAACUGUAAUCCAGCUUGUCCUCAAGUUACGGAUAUCACAAGUACGCCAUAGAACUACUUCUUCCAAUCGUCAAGUCGAAGACGUGGAAAUCUUCAAGGUGUGCUUGGAUUACUGGUGUGCCUUAACAACCGAGUCGUGUCGUCUGAAUCCAUUCACGCCCCCAUCUCCACCUAUAACUUCAUUUUCUUGUCGAGGCCACGUCUGUGCAAAAGAACAUCCGAGGAGAAAGCUGUACAAAGACACCGAUCAAAUUUGCGUACUAUCAUGAACACACUGUGUUGGGCGGUCGGUUCCAUCUCCGGA